AUGGAACCGUCACCAACUGCAGCAAAUGCAUCUUCCACAGUGAAGCCGACAACUACAGCUGAGUCUGCUUCGACUUCGAUGGAACCGUCACCAACUGCAGCAAAUACAUCUUCCACAGUGAAGCCGACAACUACAGCUGAGUCUGCUUCGACUUCGAUGGAACCGUCACCAACUCAAGCAAAUGCAUCUUCCACAGUGAAGCCGACAACAACAACCGAGUCUGCUUCGACUUCGAUGGAACCGUCACCAACUGCAGCAAAUGCAUCUUCCACAGUGAAGCCGACAACUACAGCUGAGUCUGCUUCGACUUCGAUGGAACCGUCACCAACUGCAGCAAAUGCAUCUUCCACAGUGAAGCCGACAACAACAACCGAGUCUGCUUCGACUUCGAUGGAGCCGUCACCAACUCAAGCAAAUGCAUCAUCCACAGUGAAGGCCGACAACAACAACCGAGUCUGCUUCGACUUCGAUGGAACCGUCACCAACUCAAGCAAAUGCAUCAUCCACAGUAAAGCCGACAACAACAACCGAGUCUGCUUCGACUUCGAUGGAACCGUCACCAACUGCAGCAAAUGCAUCUUCCACAGUGAAGCCGACAACUACAGCUGA